AUGUCAGAAGGAAAUUCGAGAAACUCGCCUGGUUUCGUCAAGCACCUGUAUCUGAUCUUUCUCAGCAGACCUGUUAAUGAUGUCACGGUGGUGGAGUUCAUCAAGGCAACUCUCCAAUGCGGCAGCCUACCCCUUUGGGAAAGCGUCGGUGCCGAUCUAAAGUCCAAUAUUAUCGAAGCGACGACGGAGGAAGCAGAGAAGCUCACCAGCCACCCCGAUAUAGUGCGCGUGACACCUAUUGAAGCAACAACUACUGAGGAAGACAUUCAACAUGACGAUUGCUCAAACAAGAAAAGCCACGUCGUAUGGCCUCUAAAUCGCCGAGACAAAGAUCAGUGUCGCACUACCCAUCUUUCACUCAAAGAAAUCUUCAAAGAUCAUGUGCAACCACAGGACGUUGGAAGUUAUGGGGUCAAGCCGUGGAAGAUCGAUUCAACAAGAGACCAGGUAUCGUUAGCUGAAAGGAUCGAGGGCGUCAGGUCUAUAGUUCCUCUAGACCAGUAUCUUCUCAAAAAUUCAGCAAAAUCUGUACUGAGGAAGCGAAGGAUGAUCAAGCCAGUGGGAAUUGAGGAUCAAGAUCAAUGCAAAGCCACAGGUACUGCUCUCAGGGACCUCUUUGGGGACUAUGUAACCCCAAAGUUACUGCAAGAUGGCAGGAUCUGUCACUGGAUGGCAUUGCUGUCUUCAGAAGAAAUGGGACAGGCUGCAGCCGUUGGAGGAGUGCUUUCAGUCCGCACAGCCGCGCUAGGGAGGCGUGGCCCCGGUCCCGGGCCACAUCCGGCGAAUGUAUGCAACCACAGGUAA